AGUGAAUGGUACGUACUUGUAAAGGGUAAAGAGUUCUUAUGCUAAUUUAUGAUGUUUAUAUCUGUGCUGUGCAGUGAAAGAACGAAAUGACCAAAACAUCAUUAAUUGUGUAAAAAAUAAUAUGUCGUAACGCUAAUUAUUAUUAUCGUGAGUCAUUCGCAAGUAGUUACGCUGAGUAGUAGUAUAUAAUUACGUGUCCUAUUCUAUAGAUGCACGUAGGCAUAAAACCAGAUUUCCUUUUCAGUACAUAACAUAUGAUUGGACAAAGGAAGGCGAUAAUUAGUAGUGGACAAAAAUAGUCGUGCAGCCGGGCCCUGGGCCAGGUGACGUCAGCGCGCCAGGGCCGCGGCGGGGCAAGACGGGCCCCGCGCCAGUGUCGCGCGCGCCGUCAGUCUGGCCGCACGCCGUCUCGCUGCCCGCGCCCGCUCCGCGCUGCUGCCCGCCUGCCGCCUACCGCCUGCCGCACCACACCAUCCACUCACCCUCUGCUCCCGACGCACCACCCGCACCGGACUGCAACACAAACACCGUGCAAACGACACUGGUCAUUAGCGCCGUUAAUGCAUCUUUGACUCGCAGUUCACGGGUUGUGGAUCACACUUCGGCAAAGAAAUAUUGCAGUUAACUACGUGAAGUGAGGGGGCCUCAACCGCGUUUCCCGAGUUAUCGCACUGGAAAAACACGCCACACUUUAUCGCGUGCUGUACUCACUAUCAGCUGUUGCGAGCGAUGCGGUGCGCGAUCGCCAACACGACAGUCAUGGUACGGAAAUACGAAAGAAUGAGUGGUCGCCAAUCGUGGAAUGAAGAAGAAAUGGCCAAGGCCGUGGCAGCAGUAGUAUCUGGUAAAAUGGGCUACAAGUUAGCAGCCAGAACCUUUCAUAUACCUCGCUCCACACUCCAAAGAAGAGCUAGUAAAGUUCGCUACCAGCAACCUGAUGAUCCAAAACCUUUAAUGGGGCAUUACAGACGAGUCUUCACAGAGAAUCAAGAGAAAGACUUAGUCGGAUAUAUUAAGAGCAUGGAAAAAUAUUUUAUGGGCGUAUCCAGGAGAGACAUAAGAGAGCUCGCAUUCCAAUACGCGGAAGAUAAUAAUCUUAACCAUCCCUUCGACUGCAAUACCCGGAUGGCCGGCGAAGAUUGGGUGAGGAACUUCCUUAAAAGAAAUCCAGAGCUGCUCCAUAAAUCAGAAAGGGACUAUGAGCCGGUGAACUUCGACCAGUUCUAUCACUUCAUGUGUCAAUCUUGAUUGCAAACUGUCAAUUAGUAAUAUAGUUUUAAUACCCAAGGUCAUUUGCAGCCCACCCGAACGGAGCCUCAGGUUUAUUGAACGUAUAACACAAAAUACGAUGUGUACAUUAAAAUAGGUAGAAAUUGAAUUCGACAACUCAGUUUACACGCACGCACUGCAAGUGGUUAGACUAAAUGUAACUUAACAACGGAAUUAAUAAUUAAUUAAAACAUAUAGGUAAAAUAUUUGAAGACUUAUAUGCGUUAUAAAUAGCUAAUUUAAAUAUUUAUACUAAAAGAGCCUAGCUCUCAUGAUAUUUAUAGAUAUAAUAAAUAAUAGGUUUUUUAUUAUUCAUGAUAUAUUCCAUUCGUUCAUCUACUUAAUUACGAUGAUUAAUAAAACAUGAGUACUUAUCGAAUCUAACAUUCUAUAUAUUAUUAUAGUUAUUCUCGUUUAUAGUUUAUAUUCUGUUAUUUAAUGGUAUACGGUUGAAGGGCUGUGAUAAUGGAGGAGGUGUAAAUUAGGGAGCAUAUCAAGGAAGGCGUUGUUUUACAAUAAAUAAUUAUUAUAAAAUAGUUAAUAUUUCCCUUCUUCUACCAACGGUUGAUUGCCUGUGUGUUGAUCAAAUUUAAAAUAAAAAGAAAUUCAUGUUUAGUUUUAAUUUGAUCGUUAAACAAAUCCUUUAUAUUUGCCAAUACAUAAUUCAUUCAUUCCUCAUUAUCAUCAUUGCUCUUGUGAAUUUUUGAAAAAAAAAACAAUAUCGUUAAGUAUUUUUCUCCGCCAUAACCUACUUAUUCUUUUAAAAAAUAAUCGUCAAGUUAAUUUAAUAAAAAUAAUAUUUUUUUUCAAUCAAAUGACAGGUUUGUCGCAUUUGUGCAUUGCUAUCACAAUUUGAACAUUGUACUCAGUUACAUGAAAGUGGCACGUAAGUUUAUAAUUUUGUUUUUUAUUGGUACUAUUUUUCGCCAAAAGUUGGCCGCUUUAUGCAACUGAGUACAUUCCUAUGCGUACUUUGUUAUGUCACUUAUUUUUUCAAAUUUGUUUUCUAUAGUGGGCUACUGUUCAGUGUUAAAAUAUCUGACCGUACCUUUUUCUUAUUUAUUACUAAUAGAGAAGUCUCAAGUUACUUAAGACUUGUAAUGUCUAAACGGUAUUCUAUACAUGUAAAAUCUAUUUAUUUUAAACCCUCAAAGAGGUCUUGCAUUGCCGUUUUAUCUGUAUAUAUAUAUAUAUAUAUAUACAUAUAUAUAUAGAUGCACUUCACUGAUCAAGGCUCACAAGUUAUAGACCAUUUUUUUUAACUGUCGUAUAAUAUAAACAAUUUUAUCAUUUUGUGUUUAGU